AGCUAUAUCAGCUAUCAGCCAGGCGUAGGUAGUACACUGUGCAUGCGUGGCUUCGACGGAUUGACUGUGUACCGGUACAAUUUCAGGCCUCUGAAGCUCAACUCUCAUUAAAAUGGCUGCUCCACUUCGUGUGCUUGUAACCGGUGCUGCUGGACAGAUUGCAUAUUCCCUUCUCUAUUCCAUUGGCAAGGGAGAUGUCUUUGGACCAGAGCAGACUUUGGAACUUGUCCUGUUGGAUAUCCCACAAAUGAUGACAGUUUUAGGUGGGGUCGUCAUGGAACUCCAAGAUUGUUCUCUACCUCUUGUCCAGAAGAUUACUGAAACUUGUGAUGUGAAGGAGGCAUUUACUGAUGUUGAUUAUGCUGUCCUCGUGGGAGCCAUGCCCCGUAGGGAGGGUAUGGAACGAUCUGAUCUUCUCAAGGCCAAUGUCAAGAUAUUUGAAUCCCAGGGAAAAGCUAUCGAUCAGUUUGCUAAGAAAACAGUCAAGGUACUGGUUGUUGGAAACCCAGCAAACACCAAUUGUUUGGUCUGCAUGAAAUGUGCUCCUUCUAUACCUCAAGAAAAUUUUUCUUGUAUGACAAGACUGGAUCAAAACAGGGCCCAGGCUCAGAUUGCCAAUCGUUUGAGUGUUGCUUGCAAUGCUGUUAAGAAAGUUACCAUCUGGGGUAACCACUCCAGUACUCAAUUCCCUGAUGCUGCUCAUGCUGUUGUAGACAUUGAUGGCCAGCAGCUGAAAGCUCCUGAAGCUGUCAAGGAUGAUGAUUGGCUCAAUGGAGAAUUCAUCAAGACUGUUCAAGUCCGUGGAGCUAGCAUUAUCAAGGCAAGGAAGCUAUCCAGUGCUAUGUCAGCUGCCAAGGCUAUCUGUGAUCACUUGAAGGACUGGCAUUUUGGCACUUCCGAGGGUUCUUGGGUAUCCAUGGGAGUAUACAGUGAUAAUAAUCAGUACGGCAUUCCACAGGGCCUCAUGUACAGUAUGCCAGUGGACAUUGGUAAAGAUGGAAGGUGGACUGUUGUCCAGGGUCUUAGCAUCUCUGACUUUGCUCGAGAGAAGAUGGACCUGACUGCCAAAGAGCUUCUUGAUGAGAAGGAAGUUGCUUUCAAAUUCAUCCAACAAUGACCGACUGCUCGUGGAAUGAGUACAGACAAGUCUCGUCUCUGAGACUCUGUUUAGUCUAUUUCUAUGGAGAAAAUUGAAUGGAAACAAAUGUUUAGCAUAUACUAUAUGAUUGAUAUAAAACUUAAUUGGUGUGGAUUACUAUUGAAGCUUUCUUUAUAUGACCAUUUGAAUGUGCAGCUAAUAACCGUUCAUCCCAAUAAAACAUGUUGGCCAGGUGAUUAACUGACAAGGUAUAUACAUAUAAUCUUUGAAUGUAAUAUCAAUUUUUCUGCCAGUUUGAAAUAUUGCUACCCAUGGUAGUUUUGCUUCAAGAACUAUUGUGCCAUUGGAGUUGUGAUGUUUGGUUU